CUCUGACUAUACUGUUGAUAAUUGGGAGGCCGUAGAUGUAGAAGAAAAAAAGUUUCCGCUAAUUAUCCAGCCCUCCCUCUGAUGUCACCAGGAAGAAGCACGAAAAACCCACUUAAGGAGGGUGUGCAGGAACAUACAGACUUUCCAAAACUAAUAACAGUCUUUUUGUCUCCGGCUCCUGAAGUCGCCUGCAAGAUACCGGUUUUACAGAUUUUCUUCCUGCCCCAGCUCGAGCAAACAUGCCUUCAGUGGGCUGUGUAACAGGAAUUGUGCUGAUCCUAAUUGUUCAACUGAGAAUGACCACAAGUCAGAGCAGCACUACAGUCCCUACCGACUACUCGAGCUCAGUCACAUCAACUUCUUCAUUUAACAGUUCAACUGCAAAUACAACUGCAAAUACAACUGCAAUUACCAAUUUGACAACAUUGGCACCUUCAAGUACAUUCACAGGAUCUGCAAAUGCAACAACAGCAACAGGAAAGUCCAGUAACAACUCCACUGGCAAGCAGAUAUCCUGUCGGACAUUCACCUGCAAUUCCUCCAUGUGUUACGCCAUAUACCUGAACACGACAGCCAGACCAUGCUCUACUGACGCCCUUUUUUGUGAGCUGCGGCGCCUUGAUGGCCUUAUGUACUCUGUAAACUGCAGCGCAUUCUGCAAUGCGACCGUCAACCGCUGUGCAAACUCGACUAUGACCAGCUGCAGUGUGGACUGCUGCAACUCCACGGACUGCCUUAAUUCCACACUUGCAUCACUAAUGAUACCUACCACAGUGACUCCAGUCACCACAGUCACCACCCAGACUACCGCCUCCACUCUGACGACUGCAAUGAGAAACGGAAAGCAAUGCCACAAAUUCAUUUGCCAGGGCGAGAAAUGCUACCAGACGGAAACCGGGAAACAAGACUGCUUUGCAGGCCAGGAUUUCUGCAAGCUGAAUAAGAUCAUCUUGCUUACAACAACGUCCUGGGAGGCUUCCUGUAGUGGGAACUGCACUGGAGACAAGUCCUGCGGCUCCACUGCUGCGAACUGCACGCAAGAAUGCUGCGUCGCCACAUCAGCCUCCUGCCUCAAGCUGGAUGGGUCGGUCAACAUGCCCAACUCUGCUGUGGUCCUCCACACUGCACUCAGCCUCUUUUCCCCCUGGCUGCUAAUAUGGGCUUUAGGCUUUUGCUUUCUGAUUGGCUAGGACUGCCCCCUACUGCUGUCCAAUGGGUGGUUUUAGACACCCAUCACUCUUUGAAUCCCGUGUCCUUUUAACGAAGCCUUUGAUAUUUGAUUCUAUCCCUUAUGCUGUGCUUUUCUAUGUUUGAACGUGCAGGGAUUGAGGAUUUCAGAUUAGAUCUUAUCUAAUAUAACUUCAUCUCCAGUGUAGCAUUUCGGAUCAGGCCAUGUGAAGGUUUACUUCGUCCUGUGGUACUCAUUUUGCUCACUGUCAAAUCUUUAAGGUGCUGUAAUCAAUACUUAGAUAAAAAAGAAAAUUAUACAAGAGGUCAAUUUUAAAUCAACUUUAAAAAGGCGUAACUAAUAUGAUUCGAGUUGUUUUAGCGCCACUUCAAGAAAAUUAUACUUAUAUAAUAGGAUAAAUGAAAAACCGCGCAUUUAAAAUUCGCAUGAAACGCGAACCCACAUUUUGUUAUUAAUCUACAGUGAUCCCCCGUUCCAGACCCUUCAGCGAUAGGUGAAAAUCCGCUAUAUAGAAAGACCAUAUAAAUAAACAUUUUCUUAUAGUUU